AUGUCUGGUAGUGAUUCAGAACUUGAGAUGGUACCCUUUGAGGUAGCCAAACAAGCUGAGAUUGAGAGGAAAAAGCAAGUGGCCGAGCAGAAAACCUAAGCACACCUAAAAAAACAAUAAUAGAAGGAAUAAAUUAAGCAGAAAAUUAAAAAGGAUAAGGAAAUAUAAUUGAAAGCCAAGCAAACCAAUUUAUUUGAAGACGAACCUCCUGAGCAAAGUAGUAGCACUCAAUCACAUUUCACUAACAAUAAAAUUGAUGAAUCCUUCCAAAGGAAUUUGAAUGAAAAAUUAUCCGAGAAAGUUAUUAAAUCAAUCAAAAUGCCACAAAUUUAAUAGGCAACCACCAUCCCCAUUGAAAUUAAAUCCAAAAAAAGUAAGCUUUCCUUAUCAAUCCUCUUAGUCAUCAAGAAAUUCAAUGAAAAAGUAUCCAUAGAGACCUUGGGAAGAGAAGUCAAUCACAAGCUCAAUUCUUAACAAUCCUUAAGUUUCCUAAAGCAACAUUUAGUUGACAAACAACAGAGAGUGCCUCUAUCCAAAAUCAUUUCAAAAAAAAAAUGAAUUGUCC